GAUUGCCCCCUGACGCUGUACAUCCACGCGGCGGGCCCCCGUUUAUCGCGGCCCACAGCGGUUUGCCGCCCCGGUCCCUUUUGUGGUUUCCUCUUCUUCUUUCCCUUCUGGCAGCGUGGAGACUUGUUGGGCCGGCUGCGAGCGCGAGUGGAGGAUCCUGGCGGCGCGGCGAGCGGAUUUGGCGACUGGCAGAUCGAGAUCCCGAUCGAUCGACAGCGGAGGGAGGAGGAGGUUCGGAUGAACGGCGGUGCGCCGGAGGGCGAAAAGCAGAUGGCGGGGAUCGCCACGGACGUCGCCGGGCCUGGCCAUGAUCGGCAAGAGGCGGAGGAGGAGGGGCAGGAGGACGGGACCUCCGAGUCGGGUGGCCAGGACGAGGGCAGCCCUCCCGACAUCUUCGUGUGCCCCAUCUCGAGGGAGAUAAUGCGCGACCCGGUGGUGCUUGUGGAAACAGGCCAGGUCUACGAUCGGCACUCAAUAGCGGAGUGGUUCAGAAUGAAUCACAGCACCUGUCCACUCACUGGCACUGUGCUCACAUCCCAACGGCUGACACCGCUGUACACCAUCCGGGCGGCCAUACACGACUGGGCCUCUGCCCAGGGCAUCAGCCUCGAGCGUGAAGCCCCACCCACUGGCAGGCCAGCCAGCCCCGGAGGCGGCUGCCUACCUGAUGAUGCGGCCACCCCGGCACAAUCCCUGGACCAGUACGGCCCCCUGGAUGAUGCCUGCCACUGCCUGCCCAUCGUCUCGGCGCAGAGCGUGUCAGCGUACGAUGUGUCUGGCCUGUUUCGCCUGGUGCAAGAGCAGCGCAUGCCGCAGUCAUAUGCGGCCCUGGUGCUGCUGCGGGAGAUGACACGGCACAUUGACACCAUGAGGCUGAAGAAGGUCCGCAAGGAGAUACAAGUGGAUGUGCUGAGGGUGCUGCUGCGGCACACACAGUUGCAGGUGCCAGCGGCCCGGUUGUUGGUCCAGAUGAAGGGCACCCUCCGGAUGCAGGAGCUGCUUCCGCUGCUGAAGAUGAAUGACAUGGACCUCAGACGGGAGGUGCUCACACGGGUGUUUGAGCAUGGCUUCAGGUACAGGGGCAAGAUGCUGGAGGUGGCAGACGCAGCAGAGUUAGCAGGCGCGCAGGAGAUCGUCAACGUUGUCCGCACUUUUGUGGAGGAUGGGGAGGGCAUCAACAUGAGCAUGCAGGCUCAGGCAGGCGCCGCCCUAGUGCUGGCUUGCCUCGCCUACCGCGAGCGGCUGCGCCCCCUGCUGGCCGACCGCGCCGUGCCCGCCCUCGUGCACUGCCUGCAGCACUCCAGCGACCCCGGCAUGCGUUACCCCAUCGCCAAGGCCGUGCAGUACUUGUGCGAGAACAACGACGGCCGCAGCGCCGCGCAGACCGCGGGCGCCGUGCCCGAGUUCGUCAAGAUGCUGCCGCCCGUCAACCCCGAGGUGGACUACUCGGACUUCGUGUUCGAUGACUUUUUCGCGUUCGUGACCGUGCCGGACACCGCCCUCAAGGCGCUGUACCACCUCGCGCAGAACCCCGCCGCGCGGCGGGAGAUGGUGGAGGCGGACGUGGUGUCCGCGGUGAGGGAGAUGAUCUCGAUGACGCAGCUGUCGGACGACACGAAGACCAAGUACGCCAGGAAGCUGGUGGAGCUGCUGACGACGUCGCCGGAGUACCGUCUGCGGCGGCUGAUGACGCUGCCGGCGGAGGCGUACCGGUCGCUCAGGCAGCAGCCCAACCCCCCGAGGACCGUAGCCUGA